CCAUUCCCAAACACAAACACGCAUCCUUUUACUUCCCAUCCCCUCCCUUUCCUCUCUGUUUUACUGAAUCAUUUGGGCGUUGGUUCGCAACCAUGGUGCGGUUUAGCAAUAAUCUGGUUGGGAUUCUCAAUUUCAUAGUCUUUUUGCUCUCUAUUCCAAUCAUCGCCGGUGGGAUAUGGCUCAGCCGACAGGGGACCUCCGACUGUGAGAAAUUUCUCGACACGCCGGUUAUCGUCAUCGGAGUUUUCCUUCUAUUGGUCUCUCUCGCGGGUUUCAUCGGCGCCUGCUGCCGUGUCACAUGGCUUCUCUGGAUCUAUCUCUUUGUCAUGUUCAUCCUCAUCGUCCUUCUCUUCGUCUUCACCAUCUUUGCCUUCGCCGUCACCAACAAAGGCGCCGGCCAAGUCCUGUCCAACAGAGGCUACAAGGAGUACAGGCUGGGCGAUUACUCCAACUGGCUGCAGAAUCGCGUCAACAACAACAAAAACUGGAACAAAAUCAGGAGCUGCUUGGUGGACGGCAAGGUGUGUACCGAAUUCAACGAUAAAUUCGCCCGUGAUACCGUCGAUGAGUUAUACCGAGAGCACUUAUCGUCGAUUCAGUCUGGUUGUUGCAAGCCGGCAGAUGAGUGCAAUUUCGUGUUCGUGAGGCCAACAGAGUGGACAGUGGGCAGUACCAAUUCUACGAAUCCAGAUUGUGGGCUAUGGAAUAACGAACCUAAGACGCUGUGCUUCAAUUGUUCGUCCUGCAAGGCUGGGGUAUUGGACAAUUUGAAGAGGAACUGGAAGAAAGUGGCGAUUAUUAAUAUUGUUGUGCUGGUGUUUCUCAUCAUCGUUUACUCCAUUGGAUGUUGCGCCUUCAGGAACAACAAGGAGGAGAAUCAUUAUCCCAGAUGGAAAUGAAGUCGUUAGUUGAUUUUGUAUGUCAGUCUUGGAUUUUGGUUUUGCCUUUUGCCUUCUGCCUUCUGCCUUGCUUCAGCGGUGUAGGCGUAUAUUAACUUCCAUUAUUUAGCUGUUUUAUGACUGUUAUUGCCCAGUAGUAUUAUUUGCUGUGAUAUAUGAAUAAACUCUACAUUCGUGAAUUUCGAUU